ACCUGCAGUUACGUGUGGCAGGAGCCAGAGAGGCUGGAGUGGCGGGAUGGGCGGGAGGCGGGCAGAAAGUUGGAGUAAGCAGGAAGUGAGUUGAAGCUGUGGCUGCCUCGGGUGGAAACAGACUAGGCGAGGUCUGCUUUGAGAGGCCCAAGUGCUCCGAGACAUGGAGGAGGCCAGCGGGGGUGCCGGAAAUGACCGCGUCAGGAACCUGCAGAGUGAGGUGGAGGGAGUCAAGAACAUCAUGACCCAGAAUGUGGAGCGGAUCUUGGCCCGAGGGGAAAACUUGGACCAUCUCCGAAACAAGACAGAGGACUUGGAAGCCACGUCUGAACACUUCAAGACAACAUCGCAGAAGGUGGCCCGGAAGUUCUGGUGGAAGAAUGUGAAGAUGAUUGUCAUCAUCUGUGUAAUUGUUUGCAUCAUCAUCAUCUUCAUCAUCCUCUUUGCCACUGGCACCAUCCCCACUUAAGGGUCCCUUUCGUCCCGCCCUACUCUUCAGGAGUGACCUUCCCUCCCUAAUGUGUGCCAAGAGGGGCCC